AUGGACGCCUCAGCUGUCUUCCGCCAUGGCCUGGGCAACAUGAUGCCUCGAAACCUGCCAUACCAUCAUCAUCUGUCUCCUAACCCUCCCCCGCAAUUCUAUCCGGGCGGUGCGCGCCCUCCCACUGCCAGUCGCGAAGAUCCCGAAAGCGACGCCACUUCAAAUCGCAUUGCACAUACUUUGACGGCUUGCUGUCGCUGUCGUCAGCGCAAGACGAGAUGCGAUCCUACUCUUCCCCGUUGUCUGCCUUGCGAGCGGGCCGGCUCCGUCUGCGAAUACUUUGACACCACCAAAGGAAAGAAGAUCAACCGCAACUAUGUCAUCAAGCUCCAGGAAAAGGUGCGCGCACUCGAGGCCGAGCUGCGCCAGUACACCGACGACGACAGUGACUUCUCCCAUGUCGACGAAGACAUUGUACGCCCUGGGGGUCUGGUUCGCUUGAAUGACACCGACGAGACACCCCGUUACCUGGGCCCGAGUAGCGGCAUCGCAAUGACCCGGUUGCUUGUCCAAGGCGCAAAGCUCUUCACCGAUUCGAAGCGAAUAUCCGAGUUGAUACCCGAAGUUCGCGCGAGGCGGAUGACGCGCAUGCAGUCCAUCGUUAUGACGAGGGACAGGAAGAAGAGUUAUCCCCUGAUCAGCGCCCACCCUGCCCAAGCCUUGCCCAACAGGCCAGUCGCAGACAAGCUUGUGGAUGUCUUUUGUCAGCGAUCCCAAGUGUUUUGGCCCACGUUGCACGAGAAACAAUUCCUGGAAGAUCUCGAGGCUGUGUAUGCGGGAGACCAAGACCCCUACAAGAACCUGAUUGUCCGCAUGGUCUUUGCAAUCAGCCUGCAAAAGUUGGACCCCCAGUACGCUGGUCUCGCAGAUAGUUACUACUUGGCCGCCAUGGAGCAUUUUGAGCAGGUCGUCCGGCCAAAGGAUCUGAAGUCCCUCCAGAGUCUAGCAAUGAUUGGCCAGUAUUCCCUCCUGACACCGACCAGAACCGCGGUGUACUACAUGGUGGGACUCGCCACCCGCGUUUGCCAGGCCGAGGGCCUCACGGAUGAGAAGACCAUCUCUGCGGGCUACUCGAUAGACCCGCUGACCCUCGAUAUGCGCCGUCGCCUGGCCUACAUCAUCACCUCCAUGGAGGCCGGUCUGGCGCACAGCAUGGGCCGCCCGAACGGAUUCUCAAAGGUGGACGACCGCAUGGAUGUCGAGCCGUUUGCGACCGUCGACGACGAGUACAUCACGGUCGACGGCAUUGGCCAAGGACCUCCGAGCGAGAAGAAGCUGGUCGCUUUGCACUUCUUCAAGAUGCGCAUGGAGCAGGCCGAGAUCAGGAGGGUGCUGUACGAGAAGAAGCGCGACGAGCCCAGGGACGAGAAUCACCCUUGGUUCGCCAAGAUGGAAAGAGACAUUGAGAACUGGAUCGAUUCCUCACCGCAGAACCCGGCGUGGUGUAGACCAUGGUUCACCGGGCGAUACCAUCAGAUGCGCAUCUUCCUCUACCGCCCAUCUCCGCAGGUACCCAGACCGUCUCCACGGGCCGCUGGCAUCUGCUUCGAGGGCGCGGCAUACAUCAUCAAUCUUUCGAAGCAGCAGAUGGAGAAGGCGGCCGUUGACAUCACCUGGAUCUUCCUCUUGAACCUGUACAUGUCUCUCAACACGCUGCUAUGGACCGUGUCCUACCCUGAAAUCCGGCAAGCACACCCUAGGGAGGAAGUAGAGGAGUUGGGCGACCAGACGCUAGACAUCUUGGAACAGUGCACGGAGCGGUGGCCAGGAACCGCCCAGGCUGUGCAACUGUAUUCCAUCUUCGUCAAGGCCUGCCUGCAGAGCUACGAAGCCAGAGACACCCCUCAAAUGCAAUCGUCCAGCACGUUUACCACUCCACCGUCGCUUUUCGACGGAAACUCGCCGCAGGGCUCUGAGGCUUCUGCCUCGACGGCACCUGGUGGUGGACCGUCAUUCAAGGUCAACCCGCCCCACAACCCGCCUCAGUUCAACUUUGUGUUUGACGCAACGCCCGAAUCCAUGAAUACGUAUCAGUGGGAUCCCAACUUCCCCCCUCACCCGACUUUCCGGUCCAACUCAAUCUGGGGCUCUUCCAACGAAAACACGGGACGUCGGCUUUCUUCCACGUACCCUCCCGAGUCACCACUCGAUGAUUCCACCCCGCCGGCGACAACCACGCCGGCCUAUACGUCGUCGUCAUCGCCGCCCAGCACUAUCAAUAACGCGAUGCCUACGCCGCCAGACUCAAUGGGUGGGCAUGUCGGAACACCGUCCAGUUCGACCAUCUCGCCCCCGCCGAUGGGAACCCCCGCAAUGUCGCACUCGUCGCCCCUCGGCCUCCAGCACGGUACACCGAAUAUGGCCCAACACAGCACGAAUAUGUCACCUCCCCCGCCGCCCGUCCCGGGUCUGGGAGGCAGGGCGCAUAAUUAUGCCCCUCUCCCGACGUCGAACCCCGCCGGCCCUCAACGGCCUCUGCCCAACUACAAUUCAGGCACGGACUGGUUCGACCCGCCUGCCCCUUUCAUUAACCCCAAUCCUUUCAACUCGAUGGGUAACAGCUUCUUUGGAGACCCUCUACCGGUCAACGGCUUGCAUCCGCACAGCGCCAGCAUGGGACUUGACCAUUUUGGUGGCCAAUCGUUCAACUGGUCGCAGGAGCGACAGGGUAGUCUUAGCCAGCAGCAGCAGAUUGAGCUGAUGAAUGCGCUCGAGAACGAGGGCAUGAGCGAUAUUGACGCCCUACUCAUGGGCAUGAACGGUGUUCCAAACGCUGGGGGCAGCAACUGGGCUCAAGCAUGA